AUGCCCUCUCCGCAUGGGACCACUUGGGGCAAUCAUCGUCAUCCAGGCACGCACCCCCCCUCGCUCGUCGGGCCGAAUCGAGCGCGUCCGUUCUCGCAGCAGACACGCUGGGCAGUCCAUGUCCACCACACCCCUGCCUGCCUGGCCCUGUCAUCAUCACACGCUGCUGCAUUUAACCACACCCCCAUCCCCCUUCCUUUCCUUCUCUCCCAUCCCCCCCUCCUCUCAAUUGCUCUCUCCAUCGAUCCGGUUGAAGCUAUGUCUGUUGUCGAGGUCAAGACCACCCCCUUCCAGGGCCAGAAGCCCGGCACCUCGGGUCUUCGCAAGAAGGUCAAGGUUUUCCAGCAGCCCAACUACACCGAGAACUUCGUUCAGGCUACGCUGACCGCCAUGCCCGGUGGCAGCGAGGGCUCGACCCUCGUCGUCGGCGGUGACGGCCGCUACUACUCCCCUGAGGUCGUGCAGAUCAUUCUGCGCCUUGCCGCCGGCAACGGCGUCAAGCAUGUCAUCGUCGGACAGAACGGCAUCCUUUCCACCCCCGCCGUUUCCGCCCUCAUCCGCAGCUCCAAGGCUGACGGCGGUAUCCUCCUGACUGCUUCGCACAACCCCGGUGGCCCCGACAACGACUUCGGUAUCAAGUUCAACAUCUCGAACGGUGGACCCGCCCCCGAGGAGGUCACCAACAAGAUCUACAAGAUCACUGAGGACAUCUCGAGCUACAAGCAGGUUGAGCUCCCUAACCUUGACCUCUCCAAGCUCGGCGAGUACACCCACGGCCCUCUCAAGGUCACCAUCGUCGACUCUGUCGAGAACUACGUCAACCUCCUCAAGGAGAUCUUCGACUUUGACAUGAUCAAGAAGUACCUCCACGAGAGCAACCCCAAGCCCUCUGUCCUCUUCGAUGCCCUGAACGGUGUCACUGGCCCCUACGGCAAGGCCAUCUUCGUCAAGGAGCUCGGCCUCCCCGAGUCCUCCGUGCAGAACUGCACUCCCCUCCCCGACUUUGGUGGUCUCCACCCCGACCCCAACCUCACCUACGCCCACACCCUCGUUGAGGCCGUUGAGAAGAACAACAUUCUCUUCGGUGCCGCCUCGGACGGUGACGGUGACCGCAACAUGAUCUACGGCAAGGGUGCCUUCGUCACCCCCUCGGACUCGGUCGCCAUCAUUGCCGACUGGGCCGAGAAGGCCAUCCCCUACUUCAAGAACGGUGUCAAGGGUCUCGCCCGUUCCAUGCCUACCUCGGGCGCUAUCGACCUUGUUGCGAAGGCCCAGGGCGUCGAGUGCUUCGAGGUUCCCACCGGAUGGAAGUUCUUUGGUAACCUCAUGGACGCCGGUCGCCUCUCGAUCUGUGGUGAGGAGUCAUUCGGUACUGGUUCGGACCACAUCCCUUGGCUCUCGAUCCUCGCCAAGGCUUCCGAGGAGAAGCCCGGCACGACGAUCAACGACAUCCUGCUCGCGCACUACAAGAAGUACGGCCGCAGCUUCUUCUCUCGCUACGACUACGAGGAGGUCGAGUCGGAGGGUGCUGAGGCGAUGAUGGCGCACCUGCGCGAGCUGUUCGACUCGCCCGACUUUGUCGGCAAGACGCUCAAGGCGACGAGCUCGGACACGUCGUUCACGGUCGAGUCCGCCGCCGACUUUGCGUACACGGACCCGAUCGACGGCUCCGUCUCGACCAAGCAGGGCCUGUACAUCAAGUUCACCGACGGCUCGCGCAUUAUCUUCCGUCUGUCGGGCACUGGCUCGUCGGGCGCCACCGUCCGCCUCUAUGUCGAGAAGUACUCCAAGAACGCGGACGAGUUUGCCGAGGACGCCCAGGUCGGCCUCAAGCCCCUCAUCGAGGUCGCCCUCGACCUCUCCAAGCUCAAGGAGUACACCAAGCGCGAGAAGCCCUCGGUCAUCACCUAA